AACCGGUUGGGAACGUGUAUUGCUUAUGCAAUACUCUCAGAAUGCUUGUUGAAUCAGCUUUUGUCAGUAAAAUCUGGAUGCAGUGAUUCAGAACGAAUGUAUUUGAAUACAUAUCAAGAUAUUAUCUAUAGUAAUGUACAAAAAAUGAUUGGAUGCACACCUCCUCUGUAUUGUUAUUUUUCUUCCUGCUUGAUUUUCCCCUGUCGUUUUCCUCUAUCGAACCUUGACAUACACCAGUAUCUCUUUUCGAGAUGACAACCUUGAAGUUAUAUCUGUGGUUUUUGAUAUUUAUUUGGAAAGUUCCACAGAAAGGGGAAACUGUAUCAUGCAACUUCGAGUCAGGUGAUGCAUGUGGUUGGAAAAAUGAGAACUUUACGAUGUCAAAGUUUAAAAGCAAUUUAGAACUGUCUGGUCCAGAAAAGGCUUUUGAAGGAGAGUUCUAUGCCUUUUUCUAUGAGGAAAAAAAUGAAGAAAGUGGCGCAAUCUUAGAAUUUACAGUCCAAGAGAGCAACGACAACUGUUUGUUUCUGGCCUAUCAUAUGUGGGGAAGUCAGAUGGGGUCCCUCGAGAUAGAAGUUUAUAAGACAACAGCGAAUUCGUGGGAAACUGUGAAAAAAUUUAAUGGCAGUUUAGGGAACAUGUGGCACUGUAAUGGGAUCGAACUACCUUCCAUUCCUAACACUGACACAAAACUGAAGGUUAGAAUUCACGCUUUACGGGGCAUAGGGAUUUACAGCAUCAUUGGAAUUGACGACAUACGUGUCUUUGAAGCCGGAUCAACCUGCGUAACAAACAACUGUAGUCAUCCGCCACAGACUACAAGAAGUCUGACAGUGACUCAUACUUCACCAACGUUCUCGGGAUCACCGAGGGCCACCACAACAGAGACAAUUCAGACGUCAGAUUUUUUCAAAGAAAACCUUCCACUGAUUGCCGGGAUACCAGGGGGUCUGGUGACCUUCUUUGUCAUUAUAGGAGUUAUUUAUCUCCUCUUUCAAAAAAACAAAAAGGAUAAAAAAGAUAAAGCCCAUCAUGAUGAUUUUUUCCAUGGUCAACCACCACUUGGUUUCCGGGCCGAUCGAUACCGUUCAUUUCCCCAUAACCACCAUCUCCACGAAGAGGAGGUUUACGACGAAAUAAAGGACGAAAAUCGUACGUCUAAAGUCAGCAACCUUAACUACAGGAACGGGCCACAGAAUAAUGGUAAUAUUGGAAGUUAUUCCAAAGAUGAGUAUCUUACCCCUUCCUUUGCUGGUGAAAAUGGACAAGAUUCAUACCUUACCCCGGUGUCCCUUCACGACAAAGAUUCAAGCGAUUACACUGUAUUACCAGCUGUCACACUACCCAUUGAUCAAAUCACUGCAAAGUAUAACCCGGGAGGCGGGGAUACAAUGAAUCAGGAGAACGGCGAGUACGUAGAACCCAAGGACCUCAACAUGCCUAAAACACGUGGCAAAAAGAUCUCCAUCAGUGAUCAGGGUGAAGUUGUUUAUACUGACGUCAGCCAACAUAGUAGAUAUGCAAAUGAGAAUAUGGUUAACAGACCUUACACGUCAUUAUCUACAAUUAGGUCUAAACGCUGAUCAGGUAAAACGUAUAAUAUACGUCACUAUUUGCUUAGGGAAGUUUUCGGUCGGUUAGAAUAUCGUCAUUUAGAAACACUUCAUUGUAUAUCAUUAAAAACCAAGUCUGUAUGUAUUUUAUUAAAAAUUAAGCAAAAUUGGUUAAGAAAAAAAAAUCCUUUAACAUUUACCACCUGAUAUUAUACCUUUGACAUUUAAUAUUUGAUAUAUAUAUGUUGAAAUUUGAUACCUUUAUUGUCUCUGCAAGAAUAAUUGUAAUAAAUACUUUUUUAUGCUUUACUACACUUUUAUUUGAAUGUUUUGUCGUUUUGAUUAGAAACAGAUUGGUUAAAUGCUCCGUCAACUACAGUAAAAUGCUCUGUACUUGUUUUGCUAAUUCUUCUACAUUGCAUACAUUUCCAGAGAUCAAGUAUUAUUGAUUUCUUUUUCUUUUCUUUUUACAGAUAUAUUGUGUUUUAUUUUAACCAUAAUAUGUUGGUUUUAGGUCACUGUAUGUAUGAGUUUAAAUACUAGUAAUUAAAUCACUUAAUGCAAUAUUAGAUAUUAACAUAAAAAAGACUAUCGUUUG